AAAUCGCAUUCUCUUUCCCAUUCAUCAUUCGAUCACAAACACACAUCAGCAAAAAAACUCACUAAGCCACACCGUAUUACUGUCUCUCGAGGUGAAGGCCUUUCAUGGCUUCAGCGUGUGCUUCCUCUGCCAUUGCAACUCUUGCAAUCUCUACCCCAAGCUCCCAGAAGAAUGGAUCACCCUUGGGAACUACAAAAGCUUUCCUUAGUGGAAGGAAGCUGAAGGUGAACACCUUUACAGCACCAGUUGGGGCAAGAUCCACCACUACAGUGUGUGCAGCAGCUGAACCUGAUAGGCCUCUGUGGUUCCCAGGAAGCACCCCUCCUCCAUGGCUUGAUGGCAGUCUCCCAGGAGAUUUUGGGUUUGAUCCUCUUGGUCUUUCAUCUGAUCCGGAGAGCCUGAGAUGGAAUGUCCAAGCAGAGCUUGUCCACUGCAGAUGGGCAAUGUUGGGUGCUGCUGGCAUUUUCAUCCCAGAAUUUCUAACAAAGAUUGGUAUCCUGAACACCCCUUCAUGGUACACUGCUGGAGAGCAGGAGUAUUUCACAGACACCACCACCCUCUUCAUAGUUGAGCUCAUUUUCAUUGGCUGGGCUGAGGGUAGAAGGUGGGCUGACAUCCUCAAGCCAGGCUCUGUCAACACUGACCCUAUCUUCCCCAACAACAAGCUCACAGGAACAGAUGUUGGGUACCCAGGUGGGCUUUGGUUUGACCCACUUGGUUGGGGAAGUGGUUCUCCUCAGAAGCUCAAGGAGUUGAGAACAAAGGAGAUCAAGAAUGGGAGACUAGCCAUGUUGGCUGUGAUGGGUGCUUGGUUCCAGCACAUUUACACUGGCACUGGUCCUAUUGACAACCUCUUUGCCCACCUUGCUGAUCCUGGCCAUGCCACUGUUUUUGCUGCUUUCACUCCCAAGUGAGAAGGGUUGGAACAACUCUAAGAUUGCAAGCCUUGGAGAAACAAUGUUGAACCUGUUUUACUAUGUUGUAAGGGUUUGAUGUUUUUAGGGAGGAGUGUUUAUGUUGAUGAAAAGUUGUAAACUGGCUUCUUCUAUGUCAUGCACAGAUGGAUUGUUCAAUGUACAAAUACCUAUUUAAGUUUA